CUUCACCACCCCCGCCAUUUAAGAGUUUUCCUCCUUCAUAACACUACUGCAUACCCCUGGAAUCCCCAAUCUGCCACAUAUACUCACAAUGGUGUCCCAAAGCGUGUUGAUGCUCGGUGCCGGGUUCGUGACGAGACCGACCCUCGAUAUCCUUUCCGAGUCGGGCAUCCCCGUCACUGUAGCUUGCAGGACCCUUGAGUCCGCCAAGGCCCUCUCCGCCGGGGUCAAGAACGCCACCCCCAUCUCCCUCGAUGUGACCAGUGACCAGGCCUUGGAUGCCGAGGUCGCGAAGCACGACCUUGUCAUCAGCUUGAUCCCCUAUACCUUCCAUGCCACCGUCAUCAAGUCGGCCAUCCGUCAGAAGAAGCAUGUCGUCACCACAAGCUAUGUUUCGCCGGCUAUGCUGGAGCUCGACCAACAGUGCAAGGAUGCCGGCAUCACUGUCAUGAAUGAGAUUGGCUUGGACCCGGGUAUCGAUCAUCUUUACGCCGUUAAGACCAUCGAGGAAGUCCACAAGGAGGGAGGGAAGAUCACAUCGUUCUUGUCAUACUGCGGAGGUCUACCGGCACCCGAGAACUCCGGAAACCCCUUGGGAUACAAAUUCUCCUGGUCUCCCCGCGGAGUGCUGCUGGCCCUGAGAAAUGCUGCCAGUUUCUACAAGGAUGGCAAGGUCGUCAAUGUGGCUGGUCCAGACCUGAUGGCUACUGCCAAGCCGUACCACAUCUACCCCGGGUUUGCUCUUGUUGCCUAUCCCAAUAGAGAUUCGACCCCGUACAAGGAGCGCUACAACAUCCCUGAGGCGCAGACUAUCAUCAGAGGUACUCUGAGAUACGGAGGCUUCCCGGAGUUUGUUAAGGUCCUUGUCGACAUUGGCUUCCUUAAGGAUGAAGAGCAGAGCUUCCUCAAGGAACCCAUUUCCUGGAAGGAGGCCACGCAAAAGGUCCUUGGUGCUUCAUCGUCUGAUGAGAAGGACCUCAUCGAGGCCAUCUCUGCCAAGGCCACUUUUGAGAAUGACCAACAGAAGGAGCAUCUCUUGGCUGGUCUCAAGUGGGUUGGACUCUUCUCGUCGGAAAAGAUCAUCCCCAAGGGCAACCCCCUAGAUACCAUCUGCGCCACUCUCGAAAAGAAGAUGCAGUUCGGCGAAGGAGAACGGGAUCUCGUGAUCCUGCAACACAAGUUCGAAGUCGAGUUGAAGGACGGCAGCAAGCAGACCAGACUCUCCACUCUCGUCGAGUACGGCAGCACAGAGCCAAACGGCUACUCGGCUAUGGCCAAGCUUGUCGGCGUGCCUUGCGCGGUUGCUGUCAAGCAAGUUCUCAAUGGAACCAUCGCUGAGAAGGGUGUUCUUGCUCCGAUGAACAGCAAGCUCAAUGAUCCCUUGAUCAAGGAGCUCAAGGAGAAGUACGGCAUUGCGUGCAAGGAGGAGAUUGUUGCGUAAACUCAAAAAUUUAAAAGUGGUAGAAUACGAUCAUACAAUGGAGCAGAACUCUGUAGAGACAGUGUCAUCUAAAACACCCAUGACUCAAAGCCCACGUGCUCUUCUCGAAGGGACAAUAAUCCAG